AUGACCACGACGACGACGUCGACGCAUCGCGGGGUUUCUUUCGUUCCGCGUCGUAAAAAAAGUGCAAGAACAUUUGCAUCGCAGCAACAGAAGAAGCGUCAACGGAGAAGGAGAAGAACACCAACGAGAACACCAGUCAAGUGUCAAUCGAAAGAACUGGAAACUGCACUCAUUCGAGAACAAACCAUCGUUCAAGACCUGGUCGGGUGGUGCAUAGAAAACGGAUUCAGCGGUUCCGGGCUCGGCGUGCGACCAAGCACGAGUGGGAAAGGCAGAGGUCUGGAAGCGACGAGAUUGGUCGAAAAGGACGAGUGCGUGUUGACGCUCCCGUUGAGAUCCGGGAUCGUAGACGAGGCGAAAGGACAUCCGGAACACACGCGAGAAGUGAUUGAAAAAGCACCCUGGGGCGUGCGAUUGGCGUGUAGGCUUUUGCAAGAGCGAAAGAAAGGAGCAGAGAGCGCGUACGCGGCGUAUUUAGAGUUGAUUCCGGAAAAUGUGGAAACGAGUCCUUUGCAUUACGCAAGCGAGGAAGUAUCGCGCAUCUGUUACCCGCCGAUGGAGAAGGAAAUCGAGGAGAUGCGAAAAGCGGUGAAGAAAUGGUACGACGACUUAAAUGCAGGCGAAGGGAAGGAGGCGUUAGCAGGGGCUUCGGAGGAGGAGUUUAAGUGUGCCGUCGCGGUGGUGCAUUCGCGAACGUACGGGGUGAGUUCCGGGGAUACCGGGGAGGGAUACUUUCGAGCGCUUUUACCGUUGGCGGAUUUAUUGAACCACGGCGGCGACGAGUAUAUCGACGAAACGAGAAGCAGCACGUCGACGGUUUCGACCGAAACUGUCGCGUGGUCGGAAAUCACCGACGAGGAAGACGAGAGCGAGAUUGCGUUUACGGCGCAAAAAACAUUAGAACCCGGAGAGGAAGCGUUGAUGUCGUACGGCGAACGUUCCAACGACCACUUUUUGCUCUACUACGGCUUCGUGCCGCGAAAAAACCCGCACGACGACGUCAUCAUAUUUGAAAACUUUGACUCGGCAAUGAUGUGGCACGCCAUGUGCUUCGACGAGUUCUGGAGACGCGAAGACAUCGCCAUCAGAGAACAAAACGCCGUUCGCGCGUACAAAGAAACCAGCAAAAUGCUCCGAGAAACCUCCGACGGCGCUUUGAUAGACGCCGAACCUCGAUUGAAAGUCUUAUCAGACGGGAGAGUCGACGCGAGAGUCUUAGCCGCGUUCGCCGCUUUAUACGCCGGCGACAGCGAACUCGCAAACAACCAAGAAACCGACCGCGAAUCCUUAAACGCCGCGCGCAAAGACGUCGCCUUGCGAUGCGAACAGUUGAUCCAAACCGUCCAAAAGCAAAGCGGCAAAGGCGAAGCCGAGGAGAUGUUCUCGGAGGAUAGCAGUAAUAAAAGCCGUAAUAAGAAUAACAACAACAACAACAACAACAAUAGUAAUAAUACGAAUACGAAUAACAGAAUUGAUAUAGAAAACGUCGUGGAUGCGUUCAGACGGCACAAGAUGUUCAUUUUGCGGGACUGCGUCCGGAAGUUGAGCGUCGCGUUGUGA